UGAAAAGAAAAAGAUAGAAGGAAAGCUUCGUCUUUUCAUCCCAAAAGCAGAGUCGAACGGGGAGCGCGCGCACCUCCACUACCUCCAAUGGCGGAUCCCUCCCCUCGUACCCCACCGGACAGAGACUCCGGCGGCUGCCUCAAAAACGCCGUCGACGCCGGGCUCUUCUCCGGCGCGCACACUCCGAGCGAGGACCCCGGCGGCGACUCAGCCAGCUCCGACGCGGCCGGCGAGUCGCCUCGGUGGACCGGCGUGGCGACGAGCUUCAGGCUGUUCUCGGAGUCGAUGCUGAGGAUGGAGCUCGCCGAGGUGGAGAUGGCGAAGGCCAGGGAGGCGCUGAGGCUGGAGGCGGAGCGGAGGCGCGCGGAGCUGGAGGGCGAGAUGACUCGGAUGCUGCUGCAGACGCAGCUGCAGAUCGCGACGGUCGUCGCGGGGAAGAGCCAGAGCGGCGGUAGGAAGCGGAAGCGGGCCGAGGACGAGGACAGGGCAUCGGCCUCCACCAGGGAAGGAGCUCUCUUGCUCAGCUUGCUUCACUGUAAUCUGCUCUUCUGAAGUUGGGUAGAUGCAGGCAAUUAGAAGGAAGUGUUCUUCAGUUGCUACUUUUGUUCUCGUCAGCCGUCUGUGAUAAUCUACAAGGUUGACUUGAAAAAAAAACAAGUGGAAAAGGAUGUAACUUGAAGCUUAGUUCAUGUACAUGUACAUGUCAAUGUCCCGAAAA